AAAUAAAAGCCUCCAUUUUCCUUAACCAACUCUUCCAACAUUUACUCACAUACAACACAUCACGCAAGCUGUAUUAUACUUGAAGUAUAGUCUCAUCAGAGUUCAUCAACCUCCUCUCCUCUCCACGUACUACAUUUUAGACAAAUUCUUACCAGCUUUCCAAUCACCAAGAGAAUACUUCUACUCUAAACCUGCCGUGGUCGAGUUAGAUCCCAUAUAAAAUAAUCAAAAGAUGGCAUUUAAAGCAAUUUAUUGGUUUCUCCUAACCCACUUCCUCCUGCAAAUUUCUAGGGCGUAUGCAAGAGUUCCGGCAAUCAUUGUGUUUGGAGACUCUUCGGUUGAUGCAGGAAACAAUAACCAGGUAUCGACAAUCCUAAAGAGCGACUUUCCACCCUACGGUCGUGAUUUCUAUGGUGGACAGCCUACAGGGAGAUUUUCCAAUGGUAGGAUUCCACCAGACUUCAUUUCUGAAGCUUUUGGGAUCAAGCCAUUGAUACCUGCAUUUUUGGAUCCAUUUUAUAACAUUAAGGAUUUUGCUACUGGAGUUUGCUUUGCCUCCGCAGGAACUGGUUAUGAUAAUGCCACUUCUGAUGUCCUAUCUGUGAUACCUCUUUGGAAGGAAUUGGAGUACUACAAAGAAUACCAGCAGGACCUCAGAAUCUAUCUAGGAAAUGAUGAAGCAAACGAGAUUCUGGGAGAAGCACUUUACUUAAUGAGUAUAGGAACUAAUGAUUUCCUAGAAAACUACUAUCUAUUAUCAAACAGAUCAUCGGAGUAUUCCACAGAGGAGUACCAGAAUUUUCUAGCAAAAAUUGCUGGAAAUUUCAUCACAGAGCUCUUCCAGCUUGGAGCUCGAAAGAUAUCUCUAGGCGGCCUUCCUCCAAUGGGUUGUCUGCCAUUGGAGAGAACUAGAAAUCUUCUUUUGGGGAGUGAUUGUGUUGAGACGUACAAUGAUGCGGCUAGGAGUUUCAAUAACAAGUUGGAGGAAUUAGUUGACAGACUGAACGGGGAACUAGUUGGAAUCCAGCUUGUGCUUGCAAACCCAUACUAUAUUCUCUCGGAUAUCAUACAAAACCCUGAAUCCUUUGGAUUUGAAGAAGCAGCAACAGCCUGUUGUGGUACAGGAUUGUUUGAGAUGGGUUACAUGUGUACAAAGAUAAACCCAUUUACGUGUUCAGAUGCAAAUCAAUAUGUAUUUUGGGAUGCCUUCCACCCCACAGAGAGAACAAAUGGUAUUGUUGCAGAUCAUGUAUUUAAAACUUGUCUAGCUCAAUUUCUAUGAGACAUCCAAGUAUAUUAUGUAGUGCCUUGCAAUUAUCACCAUUUAACCUAAACAUAAUUCAUUUUUCCCAAUCUGAAUUUGUCAACAUUUUGAGGAGUGAGACAGUAUGCAACAACACACAGAAGGAGAAGAGCAAAAACAGGCAUGGAGUUUUAUUCAUUUAGCAGACGAACUGGCGAUUUGAACAAAAUACAUUACCUUUUGAAAUUACCAGGAUGAUCCUACACAAUCAUAUUAAAUAGCAACUGAAAGGGUUGGAUUUUUAAAUGAAACAUAAAUUACAGCUGUUGACUUAGACUCCCAAGUACUCAUAAACUAGUUUCUUACAAUCUUAAGUACCUAGAAAUAGUAUAAAUACUUCUCAUGAAAAAAAAAAGCAAGAA